GACGUGUUCCAGCAGCUCUAUCGAGAUGGCGUUGUGCAGCUGGACCCGACAAGGGAUGGCUACUUCCACGUCAUCCGCUUGUGCCUCAACCAGCCACCUCCUGGAGUGUCAUUGGCCAUGUUGAUGCACACGCUGGUGGUCAAGACGGGGACAAUGGGCGCUCUGGUUGCUGCGUCUUCGCCUUCGCCCUCGCCCUCGCCUUCGCCUUCGCCGACUACUUCGCCGACGGCUUCCUUGACUUUCUACACCAUCGAGGAUGAGGCGAUUCACAACAAGGUGGCGAAGAUCGUUUUGAGAAACGCCAACCUUGAUGCCUCGGCGAUUGGCGUGGACAUGGUCAGCCCGGCUUCUCCUGGAGGCUCGAUGUCAGGCAUGUCUGCCGGAUCCACCGGGAUGCCGUUGCCGCCUGGUCGACAGAUCUACCUGUUUGAUCUUUCUCCUGCAGCUAUGCUGGCGUGGAUCUGUAUGGGGAAGGAGUACAACGAAGGCCGUCGCAUUCCCAUUCGGCUUCAUCGCACCGCCUCCAUCACUCCUGACAUGAGCAUGCAGUACUUCUCACGUGCCGUGUCUCCCCUGUGUGAUUUCUGGCUGGGGCCUUCGACUCUCUUCAGCACUACCGUCGUUGAGUGCGAGAUUUGCAUCAUCUGCACUUGCGAGAUGGACAUGGACACGGCUACUAUUGAGAUGAAGAAGCAGUCGCUUGCGAAGCAGAUCUCGAACUUGACAGUCAGAAUUCUGAGUGAAGAGCAGGAGUUGGCGGAUGACAAAGCCGUCUUGGCACGCCUUCGUUCGGAGCUUUCCGGCCUCUCGACGACUUCGCCGCUGGCUGGCGUGACAGCAAGCGCAGCGAACAAUGAAGCAUGA